AUGUCAAUAUCAAAUCCAGCUAAAGCGAAUAUGGUGAAAGAAAUGAAUUUAUUUGAUAAAGAAUUAUUCUUUUAUACUGUUAUUAAAAAGCACCUCGAUUUUCCGGACUUAAAAUCCUGGAGCGCUUCAUUGACUGCUGUCCUUGACGAAGCAUUGGUAUUCGAAGAUUUAAAUGCAAUUAAUUAUAAAACAAGAAAUAAAUUAGAAAGAUUCGAUAAGGCUCACACGUUUCAAGCUUUACGCACGAUAGCAAGAUUCCACGCAUCUUCAAUUAUAUUUGAAGAAAGAAAAAGUGACAUACUAAAGAGAAAAUACUCCAUAAACGAGGAGUUCGGAAGCCAUUUUAAUCGAGGAGUUCUGGUUGAA